AUGUCUACCGACACUUGCAAGUCUGGGACAGACUUGGAAGCUACCCGAGAACAGCCAGCUGCUGAUAAGUCGGAAGUCGUGGAUCCUUAUUUGGUUGAAUGGGAUGGACCUAACGAUCCUGGACUACCGAUGAACUAUCCAUUCUGGAAGAAAACACUGAUCACCUUCAUUUUCAGUACAUUGACCACCUGGGUCACCUUUUCUAGCAGUGUAUUCAGUGCUGCUUCUGGAGUUACCUCGCAAGAGUUUCAUGUUUCAGUUGAAGUUACAACUCUGGGAACAAGCCUCACUGUUCUGGGGUUUGCGAUAGGACCACAGAUUUGGGGGCCCUUAUCUGAGCUAUAUGGCCGAUUGCGACCUCUCUAUAUCGGAUAUGCAAUAUUCAUCAUCUUCCAAAUCCCCGUCGCUGUUGCUGAGAACCUUGAGACCUUGAUGCUUGCCCGUUUCCUGUUGGGAUUUUUCGGCACAUCCGCCCUUGCGAUUAUACCAGGUGCUUUGGCAGACUUUUGGGGUCCUGUGGAACGCGCGAUUGCAAUCUCUUUGUUUUCUGCAGCUACCUUCGUGGGACCGAUAUUCGGACCGAUCGUUGGUGGCUUCAUUGUCGAAUCACAUCUGGGUUGGCGAUGGACUGCCUGGAUCACCAUGAUACCGGCGUCAUUUUUUGGCAUAAUUGCCUUUCUAGUUUUACCCGAGACAUACCAUCCUGUUAUCCUCCAGCGUCGUGCCAGCCGUCUCCGUAAGUCGACAGGUAUUUGGGCGUACCGUUCUCGUCUAGACGAAAAGACGCCGACAUUCAGCGAGAUAUUGACCAAAUACCUUUUCCGACCGAUGCAAAUGCUUUUCCUCGAGCCGAUUCUUGUCUGCAUGACCAUCUAUAUCUCGCUUAUUUACGGAAUCCUAUACCUAUUCUUCGUCGCAUAUCCUAUCGCUUUUCGACAAGUCCGGGGUUGGAAUAACGAGGGGGUUGCAGCAUUGCCUUUCCUGGGGAUAUUAGUUGGGGUUCUUCUGGGCUGCCUUGUCGUCACUGUCGCAACACGCCUGUGGUACGCUCCAAAAGUACGCAAUGGCUCUGUCGUGCCAGAAGAUCGUCUUCCUCCCAUGAUUGUGGGCGCCUUUCUUCUGCCGAUCGGGUUAUUUUGGUUUGGAUGGACAUCCAACCCAAGUAUCUCAUGGGUGCCACAAGCAAUCGCUGGUGCACCGAUCGGAAUGGGGAUUUUGAUGAUCUGGAUGCAAGGCCUCAAUUAUUUGAUCGACGUGUAUUUGAUUGUUGCCAAUUCAGCUAUAUCAGCGAAUACUCUCAUUAGAAGCGCGGUUGGCGCUGCGUUCCCUCUGUUUGGAACUUACAUGUAUAAUAGGUUGGGAGUCGACUGGGCUACGUCACUCCUCGGAUUUCUUUCUAUUGCAAUGAUUCCGAUACCAGUUGUAUUCUAUUUCUAUGGUGCAAAAAUUCGGGCGUUGAGUCGCUUCACCCCAAAGAUAUAG